AUGAGUUCAGAGUAUGCAGAAAGUACGUUGUAUCAGAGAGAUCCAAGUAGGACACAAUUAUUUGGUGCUGCUGAUCCGACAUUGAUUGAUGACAGAACUUCCCCAUAUGAUAAAGGUAAGCUGGAUUACUCACAGAGCACUUUAGCUCAUUUAGAGUCCCAGAGUGAGGAACAGAUGGGAGUGAUGACUGAGAAGAUACGGGCUUUGAAGUCAUUGUCAAUGAGAAUGGGGGACGAGAUAAGAGGAAGCAACAAAACACUUGAUCAGCUAGACGACACUUUUCAAAGAACAACAGUGAAACUUAAACAAACUUUCAAUAAUAUGAUGGAUAUGGCAAAAAGAUCGAGAAUUAGCAUAAAGACGUGGUUAUUGUUAUUCUUUUUUAUAUUCUUGCUAUUCUUCUACGUUUGGAUAACUUGA